CGAAACAACUCAAGUCCUCAAGCACGCAAGGAGAAGCGUUCUGCUAUUACAACUAGCUAUCACUCCUUUUGGAAUGGAUCCAAGUCAUCCGACGAUUAAUUUGAGUGAUGCUGCUCAACAUGGAAACAUCCCGGCAUUGUACUCGGCAAUAAAGACGGAUCCGGAAGUUUUGGACAACAUUGAUAAAAUUCCAUUUAUUGAGACUCCUUUACACACGGCCGCAUUAAGAGGACAGACAGAGUUUGCCAUGGAGAUAAUGAUGUUGAAGCCAUCAUUUGCUAGGAAGCUCGAUCAAGAUGGCUUCACCCCCAUGCACCUUGCUUUGAAAUUUAGAAAAAACCUACUUGUGCGCCGGCUACUUGAUGUUGAUAAAGACCUUGUCCGUGUACGAGGAAGGGGGGGAGUGUCUCCUUUGCAUUAUGUAACCGAAAUUGGAGAACUGGAUCUUUUGGUUGAAUUUCUGAAAGCCUGCCCAAAGUCUAUUGAAGAUGUGACAAAUCGAAGGGAGACUGCUCUCCAUAUCGCCCUUAAAAACGACAGAUUCGAUGCUUUUGAGUUGCUGGUGGGUUGGCUUCGUCGGGACUGGUUUAUGGAUGCAGACCGGAUGGAAAAGAAAUUGCUGAAUUGGUCAGAUGAGAAUGGCGACACUCCGUUGCACCUUGCUGUCUCAACAAAUGAUGACCAGGUCGUGAGGUGCUUUGUGAAUUGUACAUCAGUAGAUAAGGACAGAAAGAACUCGGAAGAUCAAACAGCUCUUGAAAUCUUAGAACAGAUGCAUGAAGGUGGCAAGCGAGAGAUCAUUAAGAAUAUGAUACAUCGUGCCAAGAUAUUCCAGUCAUUAUUCCAAUUAUUGACUCUAAUAUUCCCGUCUCCUCCUCUUUCUGAAGUUGCAGACCUGAGAACAUUCUUAAUCUCUCAUUUCUCAAUUUUUGAGAACUAUUACAUAUUCAUGUUUCGUCAGAUUAUGGAGCUAGGCAAUGAUACGCGCACUAUGCUGUUGGUGGUUGUUACAUUGGUUGUAACAGUUACGUACCAAGCAGCUCUGAGCCCCCCGGGAGGAGUUUGGCAAGAUAACUUCAAUGCUGAAACUGGUACUGGUGCAAGUGAAUCAGUAGUGAGCCAACCCUCACAUCAUGCGGGGAGGGUAAUCAUGAGCACAAGCAAAUCAUGUUUAUUCUUCACUUUAAACACUCUAACCUUCUUUAUGUGCAACAUGACAAUAAUCUUCCUCCUGAUCCCUGUUGGUUUUACUCGUAUUUUGGUCAUCGUACCUAUUUGGGCCCUCACUUCCUGCUAUUGUGCUUCAACUUAUACCAUUUUCCCUACAGUUUCCUCCUUUAAUUAUUUACUGCUGCUCCUUCAACUCAUCCCAUGUACUCUCCUUUUUUCUCGAAUGAAAAUUGGUAAGCGAGGCUAAGAAACCUUAUACAGACUUUUCGUCCCAUAGCUCAAAUGCUUGAUCCAAAAUUUACAUGAGGUUGGUAUAAUUUCAGAGUUUUAAUGCCUGUAUCUUUGCAUUUAAGAGUGUUUUUUCUUUUUUCAAAUGAGUGUCUUUUCAUUCACUUAUCAAUCCAAGAUUUUCUCUACAUGCAUCCUUAUCUUUUUCUUGUGAGAUCGAAUUGCGUUAUUUAUCUUUCGGUUUGUUUUCUUUUGUAUUUUGGUAUUGUGGUCUUGUCUUUGUAACUGAACCAUCCAUAUUAGUAGUGUGCCGGUAAUUUAACAGCCAUGUACUCAUGUAGAGGUGUUGCUUGAUAUGCACUGGCACUUGCUUGUAUAUAGUACAAAUCUACUAUUGAAUUUCUAAGUGCAUUAGAAAAAUAAAAAAAGAUCCCGAUUCCCUACAA